GCCAAUGGGCGGGCGCGGCGGGCGUGGGGCGUCGAGCCAAUGGGCGCGUGAGGCGAGGCGAGGCUUUGGUGCAAAAGGAGGCUCGAGAGCGAGCGUCCGCCAUCCGACCGAGCGUCCGCCGAAAAACAGCAAGAUGGCAAAACGUGACCCUAAGAAGCCAAGAGGCAAGAUGUCCUCCUAUGCCUAUUUUGUGCAGACUUGCCGUGAAGAACACAAGAAGAAGAGUCCUGAUAUUCCAGUCAAUUUCUCAGAAUUUUCUAAAAGAUGCUCUGAAAGAUGGAAGACCAUGUCCAGCAAAGAGAAGGCCAAAUUUGAAGAAUUGGCUAAAGUAGAUAAGGCACGUUAUGAUCGAGAAAUGAAAAAUUAUGUGCCGACCAAAGGUAGUAAGAAGAAGAAAGAUCCCAAUGCACCAAAAAGGCCUCCAUCUGGAUUCUUUUUGUUUUGCUCGGAACAUCGACCAAAAAUCAAGGCUGUGAGUCCUGGCUUGUCUAUUGGUGAUGUAGCAAAGAAGCUUGGUGAACUGUGGAAUGCAUGCAGCGAGGAGGAGAAGAAGCCAUUCAAUAGCAAGGCUUAUAAGCUGAAAGAGAAAUAUGAUAAGGACGUUGCUGAUUAUCGUGCCAAAGGCAAAGUGGAUGGUGCAAAGAAACCCCCUGCCAAGAAGGAGGCAUAUUGUGAUGAUGAUGAAGAUGAUGAUGAUGAGGAGGAAGAGGAGGAGGAGGAGGAUGAAGAAGAUGAUGAUUAAAAUGUAUAUUUGCCUCUGCAUAAUUACUUGCUAUGUAACUGAAAGCAUUUAAACCCUGUUACAAGUGUUGCAACCUUUUAAUUUUGUAAGUUGGUGUGUAUAUGGUCUAAGGCAAAAAGUAGCUUGAGUUUUAAACUGUACAGGCCUUUUUGUAAUAUUCACACUACAGCGGUGAACAUUGAGUUGUUAACUCUUCUUUCUGUAAACUGGCAAUUUCUUGUACAGAAGGGGGAUUUAACUAGAUUAAAAUGUAUUUAUGUGGUGUUUUGUGUUUAAGUGCAGUAUAGUUUAAAGUGCCGUUGUAGCCAAUUCAAUUUGAGAUUGCUGUAAGUAUGAGGAGAAAUGAAGCAAUCAAAGUUUAAAAAGAAAUCAGAGUUGUCAGUAGGUAUUUGAAGCCUGCCAUGCUUGUAGACAACAUCGCACUGUAUCUAAUGUACUAGAAUGAUCAUACAAUGUGCUUCUGACUUCAUUCAGGACUAAGGUAUGUUUAUAGAAGCAAAGUAGCAAGAUGGCAGCCACACUCUGGUAGUGACUACAAUUAAUCAAGACCUGUUGGAUAGAAAAAGGAGGUAACCAUUUAACGUUGACCUCCUGUGCCUACAUGUAUAUCAUCACUGCUGCACUUCCAAGGGGUUUUUAUAUAUAUUAGUAAGCAAAAGCCAAAUCCAAAGGGCUGUGAAAUGGCAAAUGAAUAUUCCCAUUUCUCUGAACUGAUGUUCUCUUAUUGUAUUGAGAAUAGAAUUGCACCAUUAAAAUCAAAAGCUUUGUUUUGGAACUAAUGGACCCAUGGUGUCUGUUUUCUAGGUAAUAUAGUCAUCCUUUAAAGUGAUUGCAACUUUACAAUUGGUGCAAUUUGGGAACAUUGAGCAUGAUGCUUUAAAACUUUCCCUUUUUAUAUUUAAAAAAAAUAACAUUUAAUGUUGCUUGUGGUGCUACAUGGCCCUGCCUAAUUACUUCACAGGCUUUGUGGUGACUCCCAGUGUGGCUUCAUUGAAAUCUUAGUGACAGCCCUGAGCAUUCUGUACUUCAAAUGAUCUUGUAACUAAGGUAUAUUUUCUUUUUUGUAUGUUUAGUAUGCUAAAAUGUGUUUUGAAGUAAUUAAAACAGGAUUAAAUUUGUAAA